UUUCGGAAUUUUAUCAGAAUAGAAAAAUGGCUCAUUGUCCGACGCAAUUAAAUAAUAAUUCAUGUGAUUUACAAUCUACAUCGAAUGCUUUUAUUGCUAGUGAUCCAUUUGAAAUACUUGAUUUGUGCCAAAGUUUAACGGGGAAUCAUUCAGCUGCGUUAGAGAUUAAACUUAAUAAAUAUUUUCAAAAGAAAACCGGUGCGGGAGUGGUGUUUCUUAUUACAAUAUUAUGUGAAACAGAAGAAGCUCUUGUACAAGCAGUUGGAGAUCGUAUUUUGGAUCAUGAAAUGCGUUUUCCGAUUACAAGUAAAUUAUUCACUGAAAUCGAACAAUCAUCGACGUCUGGUGAAAUGCAUUUACAUCCAGAAUUACGAACUCUGUUACGAUAUGUCGUACCAGAAACGUCCACGUAUUUAACAGUACCUGUAUUCCAUCCAAUCAGCAAAACAGUUUCAUUAUUGACUUGUAUCGUGGAUUAUGAUCCUAAAAAAGAGGAUAAUACAGAACAGCAUUAUACAAAAUUGGUCGAGGAGACAUUUAGGUAUUGUCUAACUACAAUCUUAAAUACACUGUCGUUUGAAGAAGAGCGUCGUUUAAAACGACAAUGUCAAUCGUUACUGGUAGUUGCACGAAAAUUAUUUUCACGUUUGGGUGACUUAAACGAUUUAUUACGAGAAAUUAUGUCCGAAGCACGACAAUUAACGAAAGCAGAACGAUGUUCGUUAUUCUUAUUGGAUCCAGAUCAUGUACACUUGGUGGCAAAAGUUUUCGAUGGUGUUUCACACACAGAUAUGUGCAAAGAAGUGCGUAUUGCAAAAGGUCAAGGUAUUGCUGGACACGUGGCCGCAACUGGUAAAGUUUUUAAUAUUCGUGAUGCAUAUCGACAUCCAUUAUUUUUUAAAGGGAUGGAUGAAACAACUGGUUUUAAGACACGAAAUAUUUUGUGUUUUCCAAUUCGUGACGAACAAGGAAUAAUAGGUGUUGCUCAACUUUGUAAUAAAACUGAUGGCCUUUAUUUUGAUGUAUUCGAUGAAGAAGUUGCACUAGCGUUUAGUAUUUAUUGUGGCAUCUCACUAAUGCAUAGUUUAGUGUAUAAGAAAAUACAAGACGCUCAAGCGCGUAGUAAAUUGUCAAAUGAAUUAAUGAUUUAUCACAUGAAGGUUAGUAACAGUGAUAUAAAAAGAGUAUUAAAUUGUAAAAAUGACCAUGCGCAUACAGAUUUUAAUACACUAUGCUUUUCACCACGUGAAAUUCCCGAUGAUGAAACAAUAUGUUAUGUAUUAAAAAUGUAUGAAACACUUGGUUUCAUUGAAACAUUUCAUAUAAAAAAAGAGAUAUUAAUACGAUUUAUAUUGCAUGUACAAAAAGGAUAUCGUGAUACACCGUAUCAUAAUUGGUGGCAUGCAUUCACUGUUACACAUUUUGCAUAUUUAGCAAUUAUUAAUUUUGAUUUAAUACAGAAUAAAUAUUUAACGAAUAUAGAAGGACUUGCAUUAAUAACGUCAUGCCUGUGUCAUGAUUUAGAUCAUAGAGGCACUAAUAAUUCAUUCCAACAGAAAUCUGAAAGUGUGUUAGCUAGUUUGUAUAGUAGUGAAGGUUCAGUUAUGGAACGGCAUCAUUUAUCACAAGCAAUAUGUAUAUUAAAUACGGAGGGAUGCAACAUUUUAGACGGUUUACAAGGUCAUGAAUACAGUAAAUUUUUAGAUUUAUUAAAAUUAAAUAUAUUGUCAACGGAUUUAGCUCAGCAUAUGCGACAGUAUACAAAACAAGAAGCUACGCUUUGUAGUGGCUUUAAUCCUGAAAAUACUCAACAAAGAUUAUUAUUAUUAAGUCUUCUAAUGACAUGCUGUGAUUUAUGUGAGCAAACAAAGGUUUGGUCUGUAACGAGAAAUACGGCUGUACUCAUAUAUGAAGAGUUCUUUUCACAAGGCGAUUUAGAAAAAUCAAUGGGUAAAAAUCCAUCCGAACAGAUGGAUAGGGAAAAGGCUUCAAUACCAGAUCUUCAAAUACAAUUUAUUAAUUCAAUUAUUAUUCCAGUUUAUAGUUUACUCGCAAAAUUAUUUCCAAAUGCGCAAAUUUUAGUGGAUCAAGCAAUACAAAAUCGUAAUAAUUGGGAACUAAUCAAACCAUUAUUUGAAAAUCAAUCUAAUCCAUUAGAAGUAUUGAAAUCGCCACAAGUCGAUGAAAUUUGUAAACAAAAUGAUAGUAAAUAACUCAUUUUUAUUUAGAAUCAUUAUUUGAUGCUUCUAGCAAAAUGUAUGUAACUAAUAUCAAUGCAUAGACUUGUAUGUAAAAUAUAGACUGCUAACUUUAUGCAGAAUAUUUAAACAUCGAAAUGUUGGAUAAUAGCGUCAUGCAAUAAACGAAUAUGCUACUAAAUAAAUACAAAAAGGACAAUCUUUCAUUUUUCUUCCAAUUUUCGAAAUUCGUGACGCAUUAAACAAGUUGUAUAGUCAAUGAAUAUUGGUAUUGGUCUUUCUAGCUAAUAGACACUCUAUCUAUCAUUAUUAAUAAGAACCCACAUCUUCGAUAAACAACCUGUUCAGAAGUUUUACACUCUUAUUGUUUU